AUGGUGGAAUUGGCCGAAGCCGAUGAGGCCGAAUUGCAGCCUUUGGUGGCAGUAGAACAGCAGAAGGCGCAGUUCACUGCACAGGUACACCACUUCAUAGAUUUAUGCUGGGAUAAAUGUGUGGAAAAACCAGGAAGCCGUCUAGAUUCUCAAACUGAAAAUUGCCUUGCCAGUUAUGUGGACCAAUUCAUUGAUACUACUCUUACCAUCACAAGCUGA